AUCUGAAUUUUUAUACAUUUUUAUUAUUCUCUCUGAUCAAAGUUUUGUCAAGGCAAUACUUAGUUUUCGUUUGUUCGUAACUUACUUCAACUCACAACGUUUUAUUUAUAACAUUGAUAUAUAUAUAUAUGUAUAACCCGAUUAUGAAUAAUGUGUAAUCGAGCGAUUGAACGCUUAAGAAACGAUAGUCAAAAGGAAAAGAAUAAAUUUUACGUCACAUCGUCAUACAUAUUAAGAAAAAGUUUCUUACGAUUCGUCAAGGGCUACCCUCGUCAAGAAUACGUUCCCUUUUGGCCACCAGCUCAUUCAAUUCCUAAUCCAAAAGCCAACAUUUACUAUGCCUUUAACGAAGACACAAAUCCCUUUACAAGAUUUUCGAAUACCUGUAAAUGUUCGAAAAAUGAAUAUCAAGCGCAUUUUGAACCACCAACGGAGCCCUUUGUCCACCGCGAUCCUUAUUCCGAGGAAGAAACGAGAAUAAAAUAUCUCAAAACGAAACCAGUAUCUUUUGUUAUAUUCGGAAAGCCAGGUGUAAAUAGUCGAGAACUCGCUAUGAUGAUUGCCGACGGUUGGAAAUGCGUUUUAAUUUCUCCGGAAUCUCUUGUCGAACAAGAAAUACAAUCUAAAACGAAAAAGGGCAAGUACAUUGAACAAAUUUUACAUUCCGGUCAAAAUUUAACUUCCGAAAUCAUUCAAAAUCUAAUCCAAAAUAGAAUUAAUAUGAGAGACGUUAGACAUAAGGGUUAUGUGUUGGAAGGGUUACCUUUUAUUCCUAAUAAUUCAAAUGUCGAUCAUUUGUUUUAUCCUAAAAUCGCUGAAUUACGUAUUAAAUCGAUGAUAAAUGAAAUCAACACGGAAAAUGAUCACUUAUCGACCUGUGAAACGAUAUUAACACCGAGUUCAAGCAAUUCCGAAGAUAUACAAAAAUCCUCCUGCAAAAUGAGAAUUGAUCCAGAACAAGAUAUACCUAACCAGAUCGAUGAAAUCUUUUCAACGUGGCCUUUAAAACCAUCUAUCAUUAUCUACAUAAUAUGUCCCGACGAAGAUCUUUUGAAAAAAUACGAACUUAUGAGAACAGAUUCGUUGAUCUUAAAAUCUGUAGACUCCACUUUGUCGGUGAACACUAUUGAAAAUAUUCAAUUAUUUACAGAAGAUAAUAUCGACGAUAAUAUCCAAAGUUCUGAUUCAAAUGUAUCGGAUACAUUAAAAGAAAAUAAAGAAUAUUUUUCUAAAGAAAUGGACGAAAUUCUAAAGAAUGUGAAAAAUCGAUGCGAGUUAUACAAACGUCUGGCUAUACCUGUGAUAGACAAAUGGAUUCUUCUUCAAAAUCCUCAGAACGUAAUACGCGUAGAUGGUCGUACAAAUCCUUUGCAAAUGUUUGAAAUUGUUAGUGUGCGUUUGCGUAUAUUAUCAUUGCCACGAUUGUUACUUCCAAAACGGUUGAUAGAACGAAUCGACGAGUUAGGGAUGGUAGAGGAAGAAGAGGAAGAAGAAAGAGGAAAGGAAAAAGAAGACACAAGGCAAAUUACCUUGGAGGAGGAGCUCGAGGGUAUGAGCAAGGAGAAUGCUUUUCGAGAAAUGGCGAGCAAGGAGUCCGUAGGUUUGAGGUUUCCUUGGAGACUGUCGCGUUGGAAAUUUUAUUGCCCGGUCGAAUUGGCCAAAGGAAGAACCGUCGAAGGUUUUUCAAAAUAUUCCCUAACAUUUCUCAACAAUAUUUUUUUUCUCUCAUCCGAUGAAGCACUUCAAUUAUUUUUAAACAAUCCUAGAACAUUUUUAUUACCACCCAAUCCGCGUUUAACUUGCAAGAUUGCAAUUAUCGGUCCGAGAUAUUCAGGUAAAUCGAAGUUGAGUCGAGAAUUGGCACAAAUUUUCAAUGGUACGGUUGUCGAUGUUAAUAAUUUAGAAAAUAAUUUGAAAAAAGAUUACAUUAAUAAUAAAAUUAUCGAUGGUAUGCGUGAAAUGGUCGAUGAUGUUAUACGAGAAUUGAGAAUGAAAUUGGAGAAAGAAAGGAAAAUGAGACAAGUGAAAAAAGAAGCUGAUCUUAAAGCAUGGUACGAAGAUAUCGUUUUGACUAUUCAACGUGUGAUGGACAUCGUUCAAUCUGAAAAUACCAUAACACCGCGUGAACAAUACAAAGAUAUACGUGACGAAUUGAAAUCAUUACGUAAAAUAUUACAAGAGAAUAAUAUUGGACACGUUGAAACGGACCAUCGUCUUUGGCAAGAAAUAAAAAAGGAUAACAAUAUUUUGCAUGCUUAUGCACCAGAUAAUUUAAGAGAAGAUGAACCACCGAUUAGAAAAUUAACCGAACAUGAUCCUGAAGUUUCCAAUAUAUUACAGAAUCUUGUCAAAUAUUUGUACGAUGAACCCAUCGAAUUAAGCACCGAUGAAAAAGCUGAUUUAAUUAUUAAACAUAUAGAAAAUAUUCCAUACGAAAUAUUGGAAGAUGGAAUAAAUAGAGACGGUGGUUUUGUUAUCGAUGAUAUGUACAUGGAAUUUGAUGUUUGGACGAAAAUUCUAAAAGAGAGUAACAUUAUUUUUGAAGACGUUGUAAUCAUUUUCGAAGAGGAACCAUAUUAUCAUCUUAUUGAAAAUUGGCAAAAUUUUCAAACAAAUUAUGAAUCAGGGGAAAAUGAAUUUAACGAUGAUAUGUUUGAAGAUGAAUCAAACAUACAAUUAGAAAAAUAUCUUCAACAUCUUGACGAUUAUCAAUCAACUUUGAGAAAUUUUCGAUAUGACAUGAAAGAAUUCAAUCAAAAUGUGAUACUUUGUGAGAUCGGAUCAAUCAAAAAUAUUACUAGUCACGUUGUUAAACAAAUUAAAGAUCGUUAUGAUUGGAAAGCAACUGUGAUGAGUGAAGAAGAUAAAGAAAAUGAAAGAUUGAUAAAGGAAGAAGAAAUGAUACAAGAUAAUACGUAUACCGAAGAUGAAGAUAAAACACGAUCGAUUAAAAGUCAAAUCAUUUCUAAGGAUAAUCGUCGAUUAGGUGACAGUAAUAAUUAUUGUCCUGUAGUGUUAACAAAAUACAAUAUCCUUUGGAAAGGUAAAGAAGAUUAUAGUGCAAUGUUCAUGAAUAAAAUUUAUCUAUUAUCCAAUGAACGAGCAUUACAAGAAUUCAUUGAUAAUCCAUCGAAUUUUUCUAUUCCUUUGAUAAAACCACCAAUGGUGAUACCACCAUUACGAAUUAGUGUCAUUGGUUUACCUGGAAGUGGAAAAACUACUUUGUCAAAUGCUUUGUCUAAAGAAUAUGGAUUAUUUCACGUUGAUUAUAUGAAAUGUUUAGAAAAAUAUAUGACAAGUAGAAGAAUGAAAGCUUUCACGUUAAAAGAUAAUCUGAUAAUUCCUGAAGAAACAGAACUCGAUGAAAUUGAUUUACCUGAAGAUAUAAACGAUAUUAGAUACAAUACAAACGAAACUUUCAUAUUUAUGUUUAUCAAAGAAUAUAUUAAAAAUGGUGGAACAUUAAACAAGUAUAUACUUCGUGAAUGUUUUUUAAAUUAUUUUCAAUCACCAUUCGAUAAAUGUGGUCUUGUACUCGAUGCUUUUCCAAUUUGUUCUCAAGAUGUAGAAAUGAUGUUAGAAAAAUGUAUGGUACCUGAAGUAAUAAUCGAACUUAAAUGUAGUUUAGAAAAAUCAUUGGAAAGAUUGUUACCGAAAUAUCUUCAUUUUUGGAAGGAACAACAAGAAAAAGAUAAACUUAUCGAAGAUGAAAGAUAUAACGAAGAAAUGAAUAAUUAUAUUAAAAGACGAGACGAAUGGAUAGAAAAAAUAAUCCAAGAAAAACGUGAACAAUUGUUCAACGAAGAAGAAGAAGAAGAAAUGUUUGAAGAUGAAUCGUACGAUUUUUCUAUGAACAAUAAUUAUUUCGAAUUAAGUACGAACGAAAGAAUCGAAUUAGAAGAAAUUUGGCGAGAAGAGAAUACUGAGCCUGUGCGAUUUAUCGAUUGGGAAGAUAUCGUUACAGCUAGAGAAAGAAUUUCGAGACAAUUGGAAGAAAUGUAUGAAAAUAAUCAUCAAAAAAUACAAUUCAUUCGUACUUCUAUGGAAAAUGAAACGAUACCUUGGAUAGAAAUAGACGGUGAACAAAGUGAGCGCAAAAUGAUAAUACAAGUACAAAGACAUCUUGAAAACUAUGUCUUUCGAGAUACGUCAAUGUUCGAAAGAACUUAUUCCAUCGAUAUGGAAACAGCCGAACGUCUUUUAGAAUGUGGAUAUUAUUUUCUAAGCACAUUUGGUCGAUGGUGUCCGGUUCAAUUAUAUCAAAAUAAAAUACCAAUUCAAAUGUUUUUACCAAUGGAAGCGAAAGAUGAAGUGAUACCUGUGAUCCAUCGACAGUAUAUUUAUUUUUUAUGUGGUCAAGAUGCUGCAUCUGUUUUUAUUAAAAAUCCAUUGAAGUAUCUUGAACAAGAUUCAGUGACACCGCUCAUUUCAAUGAAUCUUUCCAUCAUUGGUCCACCUAAAUGUGGAAAGACAACACUUGCUGAACGUUUUGCCGAAACAUAUGGUUUAAAAUUAAUUUCAAUCGAUAAAGCUUUGCAAUAUGUAACGAGUAAUUAUCCGUGGACCAAUUUAGCUACAAAAAUUGAAUCAAACUUUGAAAAUAACGUUACUAUUGAUAAUAAAUUAAUGAGUCGAGCUGUUGAAAUGUAUUCGAUUAAUCCACGCACAGCUUCUCAAGGCUACGUUCUCGAUGGAUUCCCAUGUAAUCGUGGACAAUCCGAAGAGUUGGCUUUUCUCCAUAUACGUCCAAUGAUCGUCAUUGAUCUUAAAGCUGAUUUGAAAUUCUGUUUGGAAUGUUUGUCUUACGUUAAUAAGGAAGCUAACAAACCGAUGGACUUUGGUGUUGAACAUUUGAUUCAUCUUUACAAUCAGUGGCAAAUUGAUCAAGACAAUUAUCGUGAUUGGUUAAAGAAAUUUUCGCAAAAUAUUUUUGAAAUAGAUGCGAGUAACAGCAAGUGGGGUGUAUGGACUUAUGCCGAUCAAGUGGUACGAGAAAAAUUGAUGAACAUUAGACGAUACUUUCGUGAAGCUGAUUACGACAAAGUUCAUCAUUUAAAAAAUAUGUGUGUAUCACCUUACGAAUUCAAAUCAUGUCAAAGUAUUUACGAAUCGUAUUGUCCUGUUUGUCUAUUACUCGAUGACAGUAUAGUUUCUUCAGGUGGACUGAUCGAUCGUAUCGGAGUAGUACAAUUUCGUGAAUAUUUUUAUUGGAUAUGUACGAAACACAAAAAGGAUUUUAUCAAAGAUCCACUUCGAUAUAUUCCACCAAUGAACACAACUAUUUUACCAAAAAUUCGUCCACGAAUCGUAGAUGAGACGAUCGAUUUGAACCACGCAUGCUGGGCAAGACGUUUGCAAGCUAAUGGAUGCUGUUUGGUUACUUACGUCGACAGUUUACCCAAUCGAAAUCUAAUCUCUGGCAAAAUCGAUUUAGCUGUUCUCUAUGACGACAAGCUCUAUCUCUUCUGCAGCCAACAUUGUCAAGAUCAGUUUCUCUUACGUUGGAUGAAAUAUUGUGACAUACAAAUUCAUUUUCCUUUCAACAUACCCGACAUUAAUAUCAAUAAAUUACCAAUUAUCGGAUAUUUAGAAGAAACGGUAGCAAAAUGUGUAAUAAAAGCUGUCAACGAAGUUGCAGUCUUUCGUCCAAAAAUUCCAGGCUUGUCUGUUGCUGCUAGUGCAGCAAUUUACAUGGGUGUUCUUUUCAAAAUUCGUAAUGUAUCUUGUACUUUUAAAGAAAUGGAUAUUUAUCGGAAAGUUAGCGAACGUAUGAAAGCUCGUAAACGAAUCAUGGAAAUGACGAUUUGUAACAUGAAGCAUAAACUUAAUCCUAAUUUAAAAAUUCCAACGAGUUAUUAUAAAAUGAGAAUUAAUGUUAAUUCUGAUAUACGACGAGUAAGCUCUAUUAAAUUCCGACGAACAUCACCGACACAGAUUUUAGAUGAUCCUGAAGAUUCUUCCUAACCUUCUACUGGAAUUAUUAAUUAUUAAUCAACAUAUAUUCUAAUAUUAUAUUAAUAUAAUGAUUAUCAAAAAGUAUGAUCUUUGAAAUUGUU